GAGCGAUUUCCUGACAGGUCCUGGCAGAUGAGGGGAAGGAAGGAGGGGGAGGAGCCCUCUGUGACAGUUGUCCCAGAAAGGGCAUAAACAGGAUGUGGUGUUGCAUGAAACCUUCCUCCUGCACAGCCCGUCCCCCCGCAGCCCCGGUCCCCACGCCUAGAAGACAACAGAACUGAGAAAAGAAGAGGCCUGUGGACAGAACAACCAUGUCUGACUCCCUGGUGGUGUGCGAGGUAGACCCAGAGCUAACAGAAAAGCUGAGGAAAUUCCGCUUCCGAAAAGAGACAGACAAUGCAGCCAUCAUAAUGAAGGUGGACAAAGACCGGCAAAUGGUGGUGUUGGAGGAAGAAUUUCAGAACAUUUCCCCAGAGGAGCUCAAAAUGGAGUUGCCGGAGAGACAGCCCAGGUUCGUGGUUUACAGCUACAAGUACGUGCAUGACGAUGGCCGAGUGUCCUACCCUUUGUGUUUCAUCUUCUCCAGCCCUGUGGGCUGCAAGCCAGAACAACAGAUGAUGUAUGCAGGGAGUAAAAACAGGCUGGUGCAGACAGCAGAGCUCACAAAGGUGUUUGAAAUCCGCACCACUGAUGACCUCACCGAGGCCUGGCUCCAAGAAAAGUUGUCUUUCUUUCGUUGAUCUCUGGGCUGGGGCCUGAAUUCCUGAUAUCUGAGUCCUCAAGGUGACUGGGGACUUGGAACCCCUAGGACCUGAACAACCAAGACUUUAAAUAAAUUUAAAAAUGCAAAAACUCGGA